AUGUCUUCUUCUUUGGAUCAAUUGAAGGCCACCGGCACUGUCGUCGUGUGCGACUCCGGCGACUUUGCCACCAUUGGCAAGUACAAGCCCCAGGAUGCCACCACCAACCCUUCCCUCAUCCUCGCGGCCUCCAAGAAGCCCGAAUACGCCAAGUUGAUUGACACCGCUGUCGAGUACGGCAAGCAACACGGCAAGACUGUCGAUGAGCAGGUCGAUGCUACCAUUGACCGUCUCCUCGUUGAGUUCGGCAAGGAGAUCCUUCAGAUUAUCCCCGGAAAGGUUUCCACCGAAGUCGAUGCUCGUUUCUCCUUUGACACCAAGGCCUCUGUUGACAAGGCUCUUCACAUCAUCGAGCUCUACAAGUCCGUUGGUAUCUCCAAGGACCGCAUUCUCAUCAAGAUUGCCUCCACCUGGGAAGGUAUCCAGGCUGCUCACAUCUUGCAGUCCCAGUACGGAAUCAACUGCAACUUGACCCUCAUGUUCUCCCUUGUCCAGGCUAUUGCUGCUGCUGAGGCUGGCGCUUUCCUUAUCUCUCCUUUCGUUGGUCGUAUCCUUGACUGGUACAAGGCUGCCCACAAGCGCGACUUCGCUCCCGAGGAAGACCCUGGUGUCAAGUCUGUCCAAUCCAUCUACAACUACUACAAAAAGUACGGCUACAACACCAUUGUCAUGGGUGCCUCUUUCCGUAACACUGGUGAAAUCACUGAGCUUGCUGGCUGUGACUACUUGACCAUCUCCCCCAACCUCCUCGAGGACCUCCUCAACUCCACCACCCCCGUCCCCAAGAAACUCGACCCCUCCGGUGCUGCUUCCCUCGACAUCCCCAAGCGCGCUUACCUCAACGAUGAGGCUCUCUUCCGAUUCGACUUCAACGAAGAGGCCAUGGCCGUCGAGAAGCUCCGUGAGGGUAUCUCCAAGUUUGCUGCCGAUGCUGUUACCUUGAAGGACCUCCUCAAGGCCAAGAUCCAGGCUUAG